AUGGAGAUUUCCUUGGGAAUGAAUCCGAAGCUUGCAACAAUGGUUCCAAAGCUACCUAAAACAGGGUCUAGGAGAAAGGGUUAUGAGCUCAAAACCGUACUAUGUAGAGCUAAUGAGUUGACCAUGCAAAAAAAGAACACCAACUUUUAUCAAGUACUUUCUCUUGGUUCGGAGGAUGUUGGUUUCGAUGAGAUAAAGAAGGCAUACAGAAGCAUGGCCCUUCAAUAUCACCCUGAUGUUUGUCCUCCCUCUGCAAAAGAAGAAUCCACAAGACGAUUUGUUGAGAUUCAAAAGGCUUAUGAGACACUCUCUGAUCCAAUCUCACGUGAAAUGUACGAUUACCAGUUGCGUUUGGUCAAGUCAAUGGGAUCUGGAGUUUGUAUGGAGGAAAGGAAGUCCAAAUUUCCCAAGGAAGUUUGGGAAAGCCAACUCUACGGACUAAAGAAAAGGUCUCAGGUCCGAAUGGAGAAGAAGAAAUAUUAUGGAUACAAGUAG